CGUGUGACCGUCAAAGCUUUUGGCGUUACAGCCCAGACAUGAUGCAAUUUUCUUCGAUAGAACAGCAGAUCAUUGAAAACUCAGGGCCCGCUCCUUCACAGUUACACUUCCAGACUUCCAUUCUUGUAUUCUGGCAGCUCCACAUACCCUGCGUUUUCUCCCAGUGUUUGUCUCUUUCCAGUGACUGGACUUUUCUGCGCCGUUCAGCGGUCACUGUCUCAACGCUUACCAUAAAGUACCCAUCCUUGCAACGUCGUUUGAUCACUCCGCAUACCGGUGGCAAACAUUUCCGAGUUUGACACUUGCAACGAUUGGCGCAGUCGCAACUUUCCCAAUAACCCUCACUAAUAAUAUGCCUGAAUCAAGGCCCAUCACCUACGGCCGAGGCGGUGCCGGCAAUGUCACCAGCAAACCUCUCUCACCCGCCCUGGGCCCUCAGACCACACCCACCUUGAAAUCAAGCGUAUACACAACUGGCCGUGGCGGGACGGGAAAUAUGGCCAAAAAUGACAACCCUGAAGAGGCGCGACGAGCCCAAGAUGUUGAUGUUCCUGGGGUCAUGCUGCCCGAGGGUAGCCACCACAUAGGCAGAGGCGGCGAAGGCAAUCUCUAUAAGCUCAGUGAGGAGGAGCAGCGUCAGGUUCGAGCCCACAAUGAGAAGGUGCGGACUGAUUCGUUCCAUCGCGAUGGGUCCCAUGAUCGCAGCAACAUCCGCGCACUGGCAGAUAAGGCCAAGGACAAGGCCAAGGAUGCUUUGCCUGGCAACAAGCAAGCCGACAAGUAGAUGAGGUGAUUUUUACUGCAUGAACUUUGUGUUUGGGAGUCCUGCGGGUGGUGAUAGGGUCGGCAUGGGUAAUGUACCGUGAUCAGGAUGAUCUGCAAUGAUAUUUAUUUUCAGCGACACAUUGUGAUUAGAGUUUCUGGCUGUGUGGGCAUUGUUGAGAGGUAGGUCGAACUGUACAACUUCCGGGUCCCCGCGAAUGUCAUCAUGCAACGCAUAGUAGCAGGGUCGAGGGUGCUCUGUAGAACUACUGAUGAGGCGAAAGAUCUUCAACGAAAGUCUUUGCUGCGUGAAUAUCGUCAGCCAGGGAGAUGAAGUGUCGUGUCA